CCUGAGAAACCUCUGGAUUAUAUCUGGGCCAAUAUACUCUGCAAAAAGGGCAACAUUUAAUUAAAUGAAAGUGUAAAGUAUUUCAUAAGCAUCAUGGAAAUCAAUCUACUUUUAUAAUACUAUAUUUAUUGCGAAGUAGAGGAAGCACAGUGCAGGAAAAUUGACUGGAUUUGAAAUCUCGCUGAAGACAUUUUUGUCGGCGGUAGUUCACUCACUGCAAGCGGCACCAGCCAUGGCUAACCUCAACGAGACAGUUCGGAGCUCAGGCAUAGACUUUCCAGGGCACCUGCACACACGGCAGUCUUUGCAAUAUGCUCAGGAGUUCAAGUUUUGUGACACCGACACAGUAAUCAUUACAUACCCCAAAUCAGGUACCACAUGGAUGCAGGAGAUUCUCACACUUAUUUACAGUGAUGGGAACACACUGCCUGCUAAAACUAUCCCAAACUGGCUUCGGACUCCAUGGAUUGAACAUUACUAUUGUGAGAACGUUCUGGUGAACAAGACAGACCAUCGAAUUCUCACCACACACCUUCCCUAUCACUUCCUUGCCAAGCCUCUCAAACAGUCUAAUGCAAAGGUGAUUUAUGUUGCAAGAAAUCCAAAGGAUGUAGUUGUUUCAUUUUAUUACUUCCAUAAAAUGGCAAACUUCCUGCCCGAGCCUGGAACUUUUGGGGAAUUCUUGGAGAAAUUUAUAACUGGAGAAGUGAAUUAUGGAUCAUGGUUUGAACAUAUCAAAGAAUGGGAGAGUCACAGGAAUGAAUUCAACUUCUUAUUUAUCACCUAUGAGGAGCUCAUGAAGGACCUUAGAAAAUCUGUCAUAAGACUGUGCAAUUUUUUGGAGCAUCCACUUUUACCAGAGGCUGUAGACACAAUUGUACGGCACUGCACUUUUGCAAACAUGAAAGAAAACAAGAUGAUCAACUACACACUUAUUCCCAAUGAAAUUAUGAAUCACGAAAGAGGAAAGUUCAUGAGGAAAGGGGUGGUUGGAGACUGGAAGGAACAUUUCACACAGGAACAGAAGCAAGCUUUUGAGAAAAUUUUUCAGGAGAAAAUGAACGAUUCCAACAUCGUGCUUAACUGUGCUUUAUAGUGUUUGCCUUCAAGAACACAAGAAAAUAUGUUCAGGAGCAGGCCAUCUCACCUCCUAUUUCAAUACAAUCAUGGCUAAUCCACCCAGUGCCAGAGACCUGGGUUCAAUCCUGCCCUUGGGUGCCGUCUGUGUGGAGUUUGCAUGUUCUUCCUGUGACCAUGUGGAUUUUUCCAGGUCCCAAAUCCAAGACAUGCAUAGUGGUAGGCUAAUUGGCCACUAUAAAUUGCCCCCAAUAUGUAGGUGGGUGGUAGAAACAGGAGAGUUUAUAGGAAUGUGGGGAGAAUAAAAACAGCAUUACUGUAGGAAUAGUGUAAAAUGAUGGUUUCUGUGCUGUAUCUCUCAAUGACUAUAAAGAUGUGAACAAUAUUCAAGCAUGGCUUGAUAAAUCACAUAGCAUUCAUGUACAAGAAUCAAGUAUAAUGGCAAUGAGUAUGAGUUGCGACAUCAUAUUACAGUUGUACAAAGUAUAGGUUAGCCACACUUGGAGUAUUGUGUGCAGUUCUGGUCACCACUCUAAGUAGUACGUGAUUAAGCUAGAGAGGGUGUAGAAAAGAUUCACAAGAAUGUUGCCUGGAUUGGAGGGCUUGAGUUAACAGAAGAGACUGGAUAGGCUGGGUCUGUUUUCUGAAUCAAAGGACAAUGAGAGGUGACAUGAUACACCUACAUAAAAUUAUGAGGGGUGUAGAUAGGGUAGAUAGACUUUGUUUCCAACAGUAGGGGUGUCCAAAACUGGACACCCCUACUGUUGGGAACAGUAGAGGGAGGAGGUUUAAAAGGGAUUUAAGGGGUAAAUUUUUUCACAAAAAGAGUAUUUGGUACCUGGAAUGAGGCUCCAGUGCAGGUGGUGGAGGCAGGAACAGUAACAUGCAAGAGGCACAUAGAGGCACUUGAAUGAGCAGGGCAUUGAGGGAUUAUGGAAUUAAUGCAGACAACUGAGAUUAAUAUAGAUGGUCAGUAUAGACGCAGUGGGCUAAAGAACCUGUUUUUAUACUGUACAACAUUAUGACUAUGUCCCAAGUGCAAAUAGUUAUGAAAAUGAAUAGUCAUUUCCAACAGAAGCAUCUAACCAAAUCCCCCUGAUUUUCAAUGGCAUUAAAAGGGAUGGACCCUCAUCAUCAACAUGAAGACCUGGGGGUGGGGGUUAGUCACUAUAAACUUAACUAGAUCAGCCAUGAAUACAGCGGGCUCGAACCUACUUUUAUAGCCAAGGAUUCUGGAGCAUACAACUCAACUCUCUACCAUCCAAGGCCUACCAUCCCCUACAAGGUACAAAUUGAUAAUAUGAUGGAACACUCUCCACUUGCCUUGACGAGUGCAUCUCCAAAUGAUGUAAGCAGCUCCACACCAGUCAGCCCAAUUCAUUGGCACCCCAUGCCAUCCUCUCUGUCAAAUGUGCAUCAACAUCAAAAUGCAUUGCAGUAAAUUACUAAGGUUCCUUCAAAAGCACCAGGAAAACUCCACUGUCUCCAACAUCUCAGACCAUAAGGCAUAAGAAUCUGCAAGGUUUCCCUCCAAACUGCACACUGUUCUGAUUUGAAAAUUUAUCACCUUUUAUCUGUCAUCACUAGGUCAAAAUCCUGGAAGUUCAAAACCAAUAGCACUCUGGAAGCACCUUCCCCACAAAUGGCUGCUGCAAGAAUUCAGCUUGUUUCAACGUUCUCCAGGGCAUUUUGAGAUGUACAUUUAACCUAGGAAUUGAAGUCAAUCAAGUUAUUCCAUUUGCUACAGCAAUUUUAAUAAUUUUUCACAACAUUAAUAAAAAUGUUUAGUCAAAGCCAAAGACAUCAAGACUCUGUAAAUAGAUUUCCACUGAUGCAUUGCAGAAUAUUGUAAAUCAGAAUAAUUCAAGAGCAGUGACCUACUACACAACUGAGGAUUUGAUUAACCACCUGAAUCAGCAAAACCAUCUACAAUGUAUCAAUUGAUAAUCAUUUUUAUGCAUUUUAAUUGUGAUUAUAAUAAAAUUAUUUUGUAAGACCUUGCAA